AUGGCAGCUGCAGCGGCUCGUGCUGAUGCUGAAUCUGGUGGCAUCAGCAUGCGUCCUGUCAAACUUUUUCGACAUGGAUGCCAUAGUGCUCGCGAUACAGCAGCACCCAGAUCGGUUGCAACAGGCUGCUUCUGUGCCACUUUACUGGAAGAUGGCAGCACACAGGCGGACCCCAUCCUCUCCAUCACUGGUGCAACGACCACCUGGAUCCUUUUCCGCGCGCUGCACACAGCAGCCGCCUUGAAGCGCGCAGGCAGAGAGCUAGCAUCUGAGGCAAAGGAAACUCAGAGGCUUAGAGACAAGAUGUCUCUACAAGAUGGACCCGAGCAGGCUGAGAAACUGCGGGGGGAGCUAGAGAAGUGGAAGCGAGAAGCAGAGACUCUGAGGACACAGGUUGAGGCCAUACAGAAGCAGGCCGCAAACCAAGCAGCAGAGUAUAUGCGGCUCGACACCGAGAACAGGUCGCUUCGAAGUCAGCUUGCAGACUUUGACAUUCUCUUGAACGGGCAGCAGAAGAAGGCUUCCUAG